AUGAAUGAAUUUACGGUUGGAGACUCGGGAGAGUGGAGUAUGUCGGUCCGAUUUGUCUUUCAAAACCAUCAGUUGUGUGGCUCGGGAUUUGCUGGGAAGACGAAACAAGAGGGAAGAAUAAUGGGUCACUUACCGACAAAAACGGGAUCCACGUCUAUUUUUCUUGCUCACCAACGCAAGGGUCGUUUGUACAGCCCGAAUAGAUACAAGAAGGAUGGAAAAGACGAUUACAAUGCGGUGGAACGUAUUCAGCUAAUAGACAAUGGAUCUUCGGGCAAGAUAAUCGAGUUAGUGGGAAUGGACCAAAUUGCGGAAUACCAGUUGCAUUCGGACAUAGAAGACGUUGAACUAUGUGAUAGCGCUAUUAUUUCCUUGGGUGAGUCUCUUCCCCUGUUUUCUUCUGUCAAGCGACUCAAUUUGAGUGGAAAUCACAUUCAUAGCUUCGAUACAGUCAUUGAGAUUCUUUCGUGCUUUUCAUCCCUCCAAAUUCUUUUGUUGAAUGCUAAUCCACUGAAACCCUCCUACCUUCCCUCUUUUACAUCAAAUCUGACAACGCUUGCAGUGUCCCAUACGUCCUUACAUCUGAACGAUCUAAUUCCUUUGCUUUCUUGUCUCCCUAAUCUUCAGUUCCUCUCUCUUUCUGGCAAUUCUUUUGGAGAUAUUCCAAUCCAGCCAUUUUCACACUCUUCUCUUCAAACUCUGGAUCUGUCCUCAAACCAAAUCAGUUCUUGGAGUCAGAUUGCCAACCUUGCAUCUUUAGAAUCUCUCCAAACCCUUUUUUUGAGUUCAAACCUGUUGGGAGACUCGACUCCAUCAUGCAUGUUUCCCUCGAUUCGUUCUCUCCAUAUCUCCUCCAUCGGUCUUUCUUCACUCGAGCAGUUGCUGAAAAUCACAAAAUUCUUCCCCCAUCUCCGAGAAUUGGAGAUGCGUGGCAAUGAGUGGUACGACAAGGGAGCAAGCUCGCGCGAAGCCGUGAUUUCGGAGAUGCCGACGUUGGUGAAGCUGAACUACAGCACGAUUUCUGAAGGCGAGCGAACCGACGCGGAGUUGUUUUACCUCUCCAAGCGUUUUUCUGAGUUGCUGAGUUGCAAACAUCUCUCUGUGGAGGCAUGGGCAGCGCUCCCUCAUCGAGAAAGACAGUCCAUGCUCGACGGCGAUCCCACAUUAGCGGUUUGGCAUUGUGUCGGCGAAUGA